GAAUUUCCCAGCAGGCAGUACAAACAGUUCACAUAAACAAAUACUAAGUCAAAAUUAUAUUGCUAGCGAGUAUAUAGUUUAGAAAUUAGGCAAAAUGCCGCCAAAGCGCAAGUCGAAGCCUAAAAAGGAGGAUCCCAAUAAGCUAACGCAAGUGGAUCGCACCUUUUACGAGCUGACAAUAACGGAUUUGAAUCAAAAGCUAUCACGCCUACGUGCCCAUUUGGCCAGCUUGGAUGAGUCAAAUGUGGUGCUGACUACAAAAUUGCAGGAGGUGGAUCAUGAUCGCACGGAUGUGGCAGCGCACCUGGAGCGCACGCUGGGUGAGCGCAAUAAUACCAUAACAGAGCUAGAGGAUCGCCUGGUAGAGAUAUCCAAGGUGCGCGAUGAGGAGAAUCGCGAGGCGCAAGAGAAGAUUGCAGAUCUAGAAGGCAAAUAUAAAGCCAUGCACGAUCAGCUGACAUCUGAGAUAAAGCUGCUCAAUGGCAAGCUCAAUUCGCUGGAUGAGUUUCGCAUACAGCGCGAUAUGCUGCUGGCCAAGUUUGAUGACCAGGAAAUGGAUAGCAAGGAGAAAGAAAAGGAGCAUAAGGAAGCGCUUUACAACAUGGAGCAGGCAGCAGUUGUGGAGAAGGAUGCGCUCAAGAAAGAAGUCGAGGCCAAGCUGCUGCAAGUCUCCGAGGACUUUACGCGCUCCAGCGAGAUACGCAACGCUGGCUACACGCGUCGGCUCAUACGCGAGAAUAUAGCGCUGCAGAAGGAGAUUGAUCUGCUGGUGAUGUCGCAGAUCAAGCUGCAGCUACAGUACAACAACCAGAAGGAGAAACACAAGGAGAUUAUGGAGCAGUAUAAUGCGCUGGACGAAAUCAAAAACGAGCUGGUGCGCAACUCCAUCAAUAAGAUCAAGAUCAUCGAGGGGCUGACCAACAACUACGAGAAGCUCAAGACCAAGUAUAUCGAGGCACUGCAAUAUAAACGCGCCUAUGAGGAACAGUGUGGCGUGGAAGAGUUCGAGGAUGUCAAGAAGAAGGAUGCUGCGGGCAAAAUACGCUCGCUCUGCCGACGCAUUGAGAAUAUGAUGCUGGAGACGCGACGCCUGGAGGGCAUGCAUGAGCUGCACGAGGGUGAAAUACUGCGCCUGCGUGGCAUCAUACAAGAGAUCAAGGUCACUGUGCGAGACGCCAUUGUGGCGCAGCAGAGUAUGAAACUGUUCCCGGAGCGACUGGAGGAGGCUCAAGUGGAUGGGCCUGCAGUUAUACAGGAGGUGCGCGAUGAGGCCAUUUCCAUGGCUAAAAUGGCACGCACUGAUCUGCUGUCGCAGCUGAUGAACAUCGUCAGCUCGCACUCAGCUGAGCUGCCCAAGACGCCGUCCAUGGAGACCAUUGGCACAGUUACCUCCUCGCUGUACACGCCUGGCAAAAUGGGCUUCAUGCAGCACAAGCCCAGGGCCAAUGUCUGUGAUAUAUUCCAAACUGAGGUGGUCGAUCAGCUGUCCCAGCUUAAGAUGACGCUGCCUGACUGUCUGCUGAAGGGUCAAGUCAAGGCUGAAGCAGAUCAGCGCGUCGAUGAUCAUAUUUCCAUAAUUGAUGUGGAAUUUGGCACUACCUUGUACGUGUCCAGCUCACGCGAAGAUGACAUCAUCGAGGUAGAGGAGGAGCCACUCGAAGAACCCGAAGGCUCCAGCAGCUCUGUGUCCGUUAAGAAAGUUAGCAGCGAAGGCAGCGUAGCACCACCAGCAACACUGCCGCUGGCUAAGCCUGUCGUUGAGGAAACCAAGGAGGCCAAGGAGGCGGAGGGCAGGUCCUUGCAGAGCUUAACAGACAUGGGAACAGAGAUGACAGGCGAGAUUGAAAUGGAGGAUGAAGAGGAUGAGUUUGAGAUUAAUUUGUUCUAUUAAAACAAUGCAAAAUGUAUAUAUUUGUUAAAAAGUAUAGCUGUAAAUUAGCUUAAAUAAAUUAUGAAU